AUGCAGGGCAAUAGAGCACCAAGGCAAUUUGUGCUGUGCUUUGACGGCACGGGCAACAAAUUCUCUGGCAAUGAAUCUGACAGCAAUGUGCUGAAGAUUUUCAGAAUGCUUGAUCGCAGUAGCGGAGAUCAAUUCCACUAUUAUCAACCUGGAAUCGGCACCUAUGUGACUUCGACCUCGCUGUCGAGUAGCGGUCGCAUCCACAAAAUCCGAUCUGCCUAUCUCAAAGCAAAAGACGCCGCCAUAGGCUCCACCCUAGCCGAACAUGUCAUGGGAGGCUACAAAUUCCUCAUGCGGUACUACACGCCUGGAGACGACAUUUUCUUUUUCGGCUUUAGUCGUGGGGCAUAUGUCGCGCGUUUUCUAGCAGAAAUGUUGGAUGAAAUCGGUCUUCUCGAGGCAGGAAAUGAAGAACUCCUCCGGUUUGCUUGGAAGACCUUUGCCAAAUGGCAACAACGCCGAGGCAACAGGGAACAGAAGGAGCAGUUAUCCAAAUAUAUGGAAGCGUUUCGAGAAACCUUCAGCCGCCCUGUGUCUCAGAUUCGCUUCUUAGGACUCUUUGACACCGUCAACAGCGUCCCCCGAUUUGAGAACGCGUGGAUGCAGCGCAGCAAAUUUCCUUAUACUGCUCGCACCAGAGCCAAGGUCAUUCGACAUGCCGUCAGUAUCGAUGAGCGCCGGGCGAAGUUCCGACAGGAUUUGAUCGGCGAAGUGAGACCGUCCACUCCCACGGGCCCGACGUCGCGACGACAACGAGUGCGCGAUCACCUCGCACGGCACCACUUAUAUCUCCCACACGACCCUACGCAACGCCGCCAUGACGAGGAGGGAGAACAGCAUAAUGGAGCCACUGCAACUAGUGGCUCUCAGAAUUCCGAAAAGGCUGCAAACCGUGGACCCCAGGCGCAGACCAAGACACAUACAGUGUAUCGACCCCCGGCUCGCCGUCUCCGAGAUGACCGCUCAGCGCGCUCUCUGCCGAGCGCCGCGGCUAGUUGUUUGUCCCUGUCCAUGGAGGCAGAGGAGGAUGAAGAGCAGGAUAUUGAAGAGGUGUGGUUUCCCGGGUGCCACGCGGAUAUUGGAGGCGGGUGGGAAUUGAAGGAUGGCGAAACGUAUGCUUUAAGUCACGCUCCCCUGGUCUGGAUGGUAGAAAAGGCCCAGGAGGCGGGCGUGCAAUUCAGUGUCAAAAAGAGGAAGGACUUCAAUUGCUGGCAUGAUCCAGGUUGUAAAGCCCAGAGCCGAGAGCAGGACAGGGCUUCAGCAGAGAACCACAAGAGCAAGCCAGACCCAGUAGUGAUUCCACCGGACAACAGCGAUGAAAAGGCGGGUCUUUCCCACUUUGAACAUGUCCUUCGGAGAUCAAGUACGGACGGAAAGAUCCAUGACUGCCUUGAGUUCCGUAAAGGGCUUCCAUGGACGUCGGUCCUGUCUUGGAAAGCCAUGGAGUAUAUGCCCUUCCGUCGAAUGGACUUACAAGAGGAUGGCUCCUGGAAACCCAUUCGCUGGCCUCUUCCUCGCGGCGAAGUGCGUGAUAUUCCCCACGAUGCAAAGAUACACGUGUCGGCCAUCAACCGUCUGAAGGUCAACCCGGAGUAUCGACCAGGAAAUCUGAUUAUUGGUGGCGGCGGUAGAGGUGUAAAGAUCGCGCCAAAGGAUCGCGGUAUUGGCGAGUGGGAAGUGGCUGAACACCACGGCUGUCCCAUACAGGAGACAUAUCUCCGCAAGCAAAUAUCCCACGUUGCUGUUGCAUGA